AUGCGCACACAGACACAUAAAGGAGAGGACUCGACGCGCCGAGACCCACCGACCCACGGCCGCCGACGGGACCACCCAGCCGUACAGACACGCGGGCGCAUCCCCGGCAUCCCGUGCGGACCCGUUUGGGAGCACAGAAGCCCCCAAACGCACCCCUCGAGUGCCGGAUGCCACCGACGCCCGCGGACUGGACACCGGAACCCUCAAGUGCAGCCACCGACGCUAGCGGGCCUGGGGCGCGCCGGGCCGAGACCUGGUGACCCCUCCCGGCUGGGACCCCGCGCGCGCUGCGGAGGGGCCCGGGGUCGGCCCGGGGGCGGGGCUCAGGCAUCGCAAGGGCAGGCGGGGUGGCUGCCCCCGCGCGGCGCCGAGCGCAGCCGCCCGCCCGGCUCCAAGUUCAAGGCGCCCGGCGGCGGCCGCUGCGCGCUCUCCGCCCCUCUCCGCAGCGGCCAUUUUCCGCUAGCUGGCGCGCCGCGCUCGCCCCGGCCGGGGCACCCUGCGGGGGCCGCUGCGACCCCCGCCCCGCACGGCCCGGGCGGGCGCCCCCUCCUCGACCCACGCUCCCCCGCGGGCUGCGCUCUCGGGGGUCUUGCGCUCCGGGCCGCGCCCUCCCGCCUCGGGCCGGAGCCAGGGAGGAGGCGGGAGCCGGACCUUGCAACUUUCGCCGGGAGCCCACGCACCACCCCAAAAACUCCCCGGGCGAAAACGAAAGUGGGGGCGGCGACGUACCAUGGCGCUGCUGCGAGGAGGCGAGGCCGGCGCCGGAGCGAGCGCGCUCGGUCCCCGGCGAGGGGGGGCCGGAGGCGGCGGGAGGAGGCGGCGAGGGAGGGCGCGCGGGGGAGGGAGCGAGCGCGCGAGGGAGGGGGCGCGCCGCGCCCGCCCCCCCGGCCCGCAGGACCCUCCCCUCGGCCCGCCCUCCCCCCGGCCCCGCGCGCCGCCCGCGCCUCAGGCCGCUCCGCGCCGGGGCCCCGGCUGCGGCGGCUCCCGCUGCGGCUCCAUCCCCGGCCCGGCCCGCGCGAGGGGAGGCCGAGCAAGCGGCGGCCGCGGCGGGUCGUGGGGCCCAGAUCCAUGGAGCAGGAGAUGUACCCCAAUUUUCUCCCCCUGUGGACACAUUUCACGCUCUUGAAGGUGGAGCAGGGAAUUCCCUUUGGAGGCUGUGAGGCCACCAAGCGCAAAGGUGACCGAAAGCACCGCGUCUUGGCUCACAAGCAGGCUGAAGCGCAGACGCUCUGUCUUUCCCUGCUUCCUCCUCUGACACACUCCGGGACCAGCAGAGCUCUGGCAGAACAGCUGCAGACCUUCAGGCCCCAAACCAUUUUUCCAGUGGGCAACCUGAGGGCCAGAGAGGGCCCCCGGGGGCGACAGGAGUCAAGGCCGGGCCACCGCAAGGUCUCCGGCCUGCCGACCUGCCAAGAGGACACGGCCCGCGGUGCCCUCCGGGGCCACGCCACCGGCGCCAGCUGUGCAGCCCCGGACAGGCUUCCAGUUUCCCCCCUCGUGACCACCGCUCCCCAUCUUGCAAAUGGCCGGGGAAGGAUGGCACAGCCGCAGCUCUGCCUGGCCCUCCGGCGCCGGUGCCCAGGGGUCCCCGAGUCCGAGAGGUCGGAGCGCCAGCGCCGGGUCCCCGGCCGCCCCCGCCCGCCGGCCGCCCCACUCACCAUCCACCACAUCUUGGCCGUCACGUCGUAG